AUGCUGUCCCCAGGGACUGGUGCUCUGGGGCCAAAGGUGCCCUGGAGCCGCACAGGGCGCUGGAACAAAGAGCCUCCUCCGCUAGGGGCCAAGCUGGAGCCCCUCGCCAGGCAGGAAGGGCCCGGCGGGCGCGUGGGGCACAGGCGGGAAAGGCCGGCGAGCCACCGCGCGGGGCCCCGGGCCCCCGAGAUCGCGCUGGGGCCGGGCGGCGGCCGCGGCUCGCUCUCGCCGCGCGUGGCCGUUGGAAGCGGCACGCGCACGCGGCGGACGUGGACACGGCCACGCGCGCCGGCCGGUGAGGGCGGGGGCAGAGGCUCCGCGCGGCCCUGCGCCCGCCGCGCGCGCCUGCGGCCGUUGGCGGUGGGGGCGGGGGGUGCGCGGCCGCCGCUCGGACUUCUCCCUCUCACGACCGCCCCAGCUCGUCCUGGUCCCCCGGGCAGCCCGGCCCCGCCCACCCCCCGGCGUACCUGCGCGGCUGAGCGGGAGAGGAACAGGCUUUGCUCCACAGCACAGCGGAAGGCGAAAACCCCUCACGCAACUGCGUCCGCACACACGCGUGCUCCGUCGCCGGUGUAUAUAAGUGCACUCAACCUAACUUGUUGCGGCCAGGUCGGGCAGGCUGGUGACCAAUCCCGACUGCGUCCUCUGAGCUCUUCGAGCAGCAAUUGGGUACUGACUCAGGAUGAAGGCGUGGCUCUUGAUUGGCUUUGACUUAUGCCUAUGAGACUGUGAGGAUCUCGUUUCCCUAGUAACGGAUUGGCACUGACAGUGACCAAUUACUUAAACGUCGUUCCGCCUUUGAACUCCACUGUGGACACCCGGAGGAUUUUCCGAAACGGUUGAUGGCUAAGCCUGGCCCUCUGCAGUCCCCUGGGCGUUUUGUUGGGCCCUCUGUUGGUCACCAGGAACAUUUUACGUGGAAAUACACAGACCCGCCUCGGUCCGUUCUCAUUCCAAGAAUGUGACCCCGCGGGGAGGUCUCCCGUUCAAUUUGGCGGAGAAAUUUGCAGAAGCAGCACGUGGAGCGCCUCUGGCGCGGAGAAGGGGCCCGGGAGCGCCCCGGUUCGCCUCCGUGCGCCGGGCCUGGCCCCAGGCUGGAGGCUCCGGGCGGCCCCCGGCCCCACUCCAGCUUCGGCCGGGCUAGUUCAGCGUUUAUUGAGCUCCAAAGGCUGAGGUCAGAGAUGAUAAAGACGCUGGCCCUGCCCGAUGUCACCCAUUCAGGAGACUCCGGCGCUGCCCUGGGCCCGGAGCUGCUCCCAAGCCCGGGAACAGGCGCCUGGGGCUAUGAGGACACAGGAGGGAACUCAGCCCAGCGGAGAGAAGCUGCUAAAGGUAUUCUGGGCUAAGAACCUCCAGGAUCGUGUUAGCCAUGCUGAGGAAUCUGGACUUUAUUCUGAGGACCGUGAAGAGCCCCUGUAAAGGUUUCUUACAGGUUGGACUAAGAAAUUUGCAUUUUGCAAAAUGACUUUCCGAACUGACGCUAAUGAGAGCAGGUCUCGAAGCUUUAAAUUCACAGAUUGGUAAUUUAUCCCAGGUAGCCUGUGAUGGGGGUAAAGGCUAUUCUUAAUCACAUUUGGGGGGAAUUUUAAACUCUUUGUAAGACUAUUUGGUAGCCUCUAUUAAAAUUGUGUAUAUCCCA